AUGGGUGAUAAUUCUCUAAAAUUUUCAUCCUAUAUAACUGAUGACAACAAUAACACCAUGGUGAAAGAAUUCAUUUUAAUGGCAUUUUCUGAUAUUGCACAAUUGCAGAAGAUACUGUUUGUCACCAUUUUGCUGUCAUACAUGAUCUGCAUAUCUGGAAAUAUUUCUAUUAUCAUUUUCAUUAUAAUUGAUCCCUUGCUUCAUACCCCAAUGUAUAUAUUUAUAGGCACCUUUGCAGUCCUGGAAAUUAUGUUUGUAACAGUUACUAUACCUAAGCUUCUUGAUAAUUUAAUUUCAGAGAAAAAGAGUAUAUCUUUUCUAGGAUGUUUCACCCAGUUAUAUUUCUUUAAUGGAUUAGGGAUAACAGAAUGCUACCUCUUGGCAAUAAUGGCGUUUGAUCGAGACUUAGCUAUUAAUAACCCCUUUCAUUAUUUAUCUAUUAUGAGUAAGGAACUUUGUUUUAAACUAGCUGGGGCACCAUGGAUUGUUGGGUUAACUAUUUCUUUAUUGACUACAUUUUUUACUGCUCGUCUGAAAUACUGUGGUCCAAACAAGAUAAACAAUUUUGUAUGUGAUGCAGCACCGCUUCAAGAUUUGUCUUGCUCUGAUCCUUUUAUCAGCAAAGUGGCAAUUCUAAUAGCAGCUGUGUUUGCUGUAGUCAUUCCAUUCAUUAUCAUCAUAGGUUUCUACAUUCACAUUAUUAACACUAUCUUAAAAAUUAAGAGUUCUGCUGGAAAGAAAAAAGCUUUUUCCACCUGCUCCUCUCAUCUUAUUGUGGCCAGUCUGUACUAUGGUACAGCCAUGAUUGUAUAUAUCACACCUGUUGGCUCCCAACUAGACAAAUUCCUAGCUCUUAUAUACACUGUUCUCACUCCAUUGUUAAAUCCAUUCAUUUACACCUUGAGGAACAAGGAUGUGAAGUCAGCAAUGAGGAAGUCAAAAACUUUAAUAAUUGAUUUCCUGUCUGUUUCUGUUUUUCAUUGA